CCUAAAUGUUGGCGUGUAGUCCCGCGGGAGGAUAAAGGAGAAGUUGUGGAGUUUGUACGAGGACCGAACUUUACUGGUGACCUUUAUGUUCGAGGUUCAUGAUAAAAGUUGAGGAAUUGCUGGCUCUGUUAGCUCGCUAGCCAAUCUCCAAGCGAACAAAGAGCGUCGGUGCUUAGCUUCGUGGAGCUAGGCAGCUAGGCGGACACACGCUAUGGGCUUUGUUGCGUUUACUCUCCGUCCGUCUGUCUCUGUGUAGUUGGACUUCUUAGAAAAUGAGCUUUCAUGGUGUUCUGAGGACAGGCACUACUUACAACUAAACUCAGUUGAAGUCCCAACUCUCCUCAACACUUCUCUGCAUCUUCUACUGUAAACGCUUUUUUUUUUGACUGAAAAUGCCACGCAAGAAGGUGACAGACAUCUCUGGAAACGGGUCUCUAAAGAAGAAGAAAGCGAGUGGCAAAAGAAAAGAGAGAGACUUUAGCAGCGACGACGACUUUGAGUACGAACAGGAGAACAACAAGAAGCCAGGCAAGCCCUCCACAAAGUCCACUUUGCAACCUGUCACUGUGGCGGAUGAUGAAAAAGAGAAAAUUAAACUCGAAUGUCCAAAGGUGAAAGGUCAACUGGUCAUAUUUGGAGCAACUAACUGGGAUUUGAUUGGAAGAAAAGAAGUCCCCAAACAACAAGCGGCUUUCCGCAACCUCGGCCAGAAUUUGUGGGGUCCGCACCGCUACGGCUGUCUAAAUGACAUCCUGGUUAGCUGCGUGAUUUCCGGGCCCUGCGCGGCACACAGUCUUCUCAUCACCACCGAGGGCAAGCUGUGGAGUUGGGGGCGCAACGACAAAGGUCAGCUGGGCCACGGAGACACCAAACGUCUGGAUGCCCCCAAGUUGAUUGAGGCGCUGGCUGAUCAGGUGACUGUCUCUGCAGCCUGCGGACGAAAUCACACCCUGGCGCUCACAGAGGAUGCCAUUGCAUAUUCCUUUGGUGAAAACAAGCUGGGACAGCUCGGCCAAGGAAGUCAGACUGAUGCCGUCCUCAGUCCAGCACCUAUUUCCUACAACGGCCAGCCGUUGGUGAAAGUUGCAUGCGGCGCAGAGUUCAGCAUGGUAGUGGACUGCAAAGGGAACCUUUAUUCCUUCGGCUGCCCUGAGUACGGACAGCUCGGACACAACAGCGACGGCAAGUUCAUAGCGCGCGCUCAGCGCAUCGAGUACGACUGUGAACUCAUCCCUCGCCGCGUCGCCAUCUUCAUCGAGAAGUCCAAAGACGGCCAGAUCACGCCCGUGCCAAACGUGGUGGUCCGAGACGUGGCCUGUGGAUCCAACCACACGCUGGUGUUGGACUCACAGAAGCGAGUAUUCAGCUGGGGGUUUGGCGGUUACGGGCGUCUGGGCCACACGGAGCAGAAGGACGAGAUGGUUCCUCGCCUGGUUAAACUGUUCGACUUUCCUGGACGGGGAGCCAGCCAUAUCCAUACGGGCUACCAGUGUUCCUUUGCUAUCAGUGAGAUGGGGAGUCUUUUCUUCUGGGGGGUGACCAACACUUCCAGAGAGUCAACAAUGUACCCCAAAGCGGUGCAGGAUCUGUGCGGCUGGAAAAUCCGUAGUUUGGCAUGCGGGAAAAGCAGCAUUAUCAUCGCAGCAGAUGAGGCCACCAUUAGCUGGGGACCUUCACCUACUUUUGGAGAGUUGGGCUACGGAGACAACAAAGCCAAGUCUUCGACCGUCCCGCAAGAAGUCAAGACUCUGGACGGCAUUUAUAAUCAACAGGUGGUGAUGGGUUACUCUCACUCCAUGAUCAUCGCCAGGACAGACACUCCGGCCGAGCAGGAGAGACUGCAAAAGCUGCCCGAGUACAAUCCUCGAACAAUCUGAUCAGGCUCGGAAGCGGUUCGCCCGGUAGACGCGUCUGCCCGACGCUCUUUCCACCAAUUUGGACGUUCAAAGAACUAUUAAGACCAUUUCACUUGUUGAGUGAAGCCUAGUUUACAUCAAGCACUUCUUCCUCUUCGUUCUAGGGUUGUGCCUACCUUCCUUUUCUUACACGCUCACUCAUUUGUUCGUCGUAUGCGUUGCAGCACAGGAGAAAUAUUGUCAACUUUACGGGUGCUUGAGUAUGACCCUCACUUCUGCAGGGACGGAUGCUCCAUACGAGUGCCUACGUACAUUUUUCGUGGCCCUGUUAUGGAAGUUGUUUUUCCAGCUUUGUUACAUUCCUUCGUGAUAGAUCAAUGUUGGGACUUUUUUUUUUGCCUUGGAUGCUUUUGUUUGGGGCCAAUGCUGCACUCUCAAAGUAUUUGAGAUGGGUGAAUUAUUAUUUUUUUUUUCUAAAUCAGCAAAGGAUGUUAAUCUGUUUGUUGUUCUGGUUACAUUUUCAUUCCAAAAUAAAAGUUUGUGUAAACUGAUGAUCCAUUGGAGUUCAGCAUGUGGUUAUAAACAAGUAGGAUUUGUACAAAAUGAACUACAGUGAUCACUUGUUUUUCGAAAUGAAUAGGGACUAGAACCCGCCGCGAUAAGUGGAAAAACUGCGAAGUAGCACCCCCUCCUCCCCCAAUUUUUUGGUGUUCAAUGUAUUCAGAUUUAGCAUUGACAAGAGAUACAUAUGACAUUUUUAAACUUUC